ACAUCAAGGACUGCCUUGAAACGGCGCUCACGAAAACAUACAAAGUGAACAGGAUGCAUUUGAUACACCCAAACUUGACAGCCAAUAAUGCGUUUGCUACUUUUCUGCGUCUUCCUCUACCUUGUUGGAGUAAUCCGAGUCCAAGCUGCAUCUCCAACAAAUACUACAACUAGCACUAGUAGCAACGUUUCUGAAUCCCCAUCAUUCACAAAUAGAACCCUGUGGAACAUCGUCUCCAGCUCUCUUCUCACUCUGUUUGCGUGUAUAUACAGUGCCAUUCACCCCAAUAUCCCGAGUCCUAAGGACAGCCCCGUUCUUAUUCUAUGGCGACGACUUGGCAUGAUGACAAUGGCACUAAUUGCUCCUGAACUAAUCGUCACAUGGGCCAUGCGCCAGUGGAUCAGCGCUCGUCGUGUUACCAAACUGUUCAAGGAAUCUGGACAUUUUGAUAUUCCUCAGCCGCAAGAGCAGCCUGGAGAUCAUGGGUCUGUCGAAGCUGCAACUGCGGAGCAAUAUGUCGAAGAUCGUGAUAACACCCGUUUUCUCAUAUCAUAUCCUGAAGGUGAUUCGUCAUCUGUACUAGUGGCCACUGUUCCUCCAGAAGUGAAUAUCACUACUCCAGCGCCCAACCCAAAUUAUGGGGGUACGCAUGCUCUGACGAAGCCAUUCAGAAAGCUGUUUAAGGCUUAUGUUUCAGAGCAAUCUGAAGAUUUAGAUUAUACGUGGACUCAGACACACAGCUUCUUUGUGCUCAUGGGUGGCUUCAUGCUUCACGUGGACGAGAAAUCCUACCAUACAUUACAGCCUGAUGAGAUUCUCGAACUGAUAUGUAAGGGGUGUAUCGACGUCCCUACCCUAACAGCAAACCAGAUCCACGACAAGAGCAAAGGCAAUGCGAUAUCGAAAGGAUUGAUCAUCCUUCAAGUGGCCUGGUUUGUUAUGCAGCUCGUCACUCGCGCCAUCUAUCGUCUCGAAACCACCCAGCUCGAAGUGGGAACACUCGCUUUUGCGGUUCUCAAUUUCCUCACUUAUGCUGUGUGGUGGGACAAGCCUCUCAAUGUGCAAUGUCCACAUCCAAUGUAUUGGAAGUCGACCGAGUCAACACCAAAGGAUCACAUCGAUGACGUUCAUACAGAAAACGAACUCACUUGGUUUGUCAGGAUGUUGCAUCCAGUCUUCGCCCCAAUUAUAGAACUGAUAGGCGCACAUGACAUUCCUACAUCUCGAAAGCUCCGAGUUCCAACAUUUGAUGGCAGCAUCAAAUUCGGAGAUUCGGAGAGGGCAGUUCUUCAGCUUUCUGGAUUGAUUAUGGCAACCAUAUUUGGCGGCAUUCAUUGUAUAGCUUGGUUUUUUGCCUUCCCCACACACCAGGAACAGGUGUUAUGGCGCAUAGGUGGCAUUGUUAUAACUUGCAUACCCUGGUUUGGUGAAUUCGUUGGAUUCAUUAUAGGCACAACUGAGUUGCAUGCAUUCAGAAGUUUUGUGGUUUGUCUGGCCCUCGUAUCUCCCGUAGUGUACAUCAUAGGACGUGCCAUCGUCUUGGUGCUCAUGUUCACCACUUUACGCAAUCUUCCUCCUGAUGCAUACAAGGCGGUAUUGUGGACCGCCUUGGUGCCCCACUUGUAGUUCUUGGUUAUGGUACUUGUGCAAUGCGUUUAGUAUACUCUAAAAUUUAUAUUCACGGAAGGCCAUAUUCGGACGCGA